GAGUUCUCAGUCGAGUCGAGAAUCCGCUGGCUCACGGGACCUGUCCCUCAACCCAAAUAUCGUCCCGCGAAAAUCCCCUCGUUAUGUCACUCUCGAUUCUCACUCGUUUCUAACACCCGUUAAUUUCAUCAACAAAUCGGGAUGAGAGCGUCAAUCAGAAUUAAUACAUUGUUGUCAAUACUUUUUACAAUCGCGCGAUAUUGCAUUUCAUGAGGACACAGUUGUCGAUGUUUCCAGCGAUAACUCGUGAACGGGAGUUUUAGAAAUUUAUUUUGUUAUCAUUUCUUUUAUUUACUUAUUCGACCUUCAAUGAUCGAUGAUGAUUCUGAGUGAUGAUGGGACGAGAUGAAGUCAUCAAUAUUAUAUGCGAAUACUGAAACGCGGACACGAGUUGUCAGUAUUUCUGAGUGUCUCCUGUUGUUGUUGGUUGUGUUGGCCACAUGAGCUCGACUGAUUGAAUGAUUAUUCCGCCAUCGGCGACAAUCAAUUGAAAAUUCGGCGACAUGCUGAUUAGUGGCAACGUUAAUUAUAAACUGGAGCCAUCAACUGUAAACUCAGUCGACGACGGAGGUGUGAUAACAAAGGCUACAACCCAUUAAUGGAGAUAGUCGUGGAUUUUCAGGCGGAAAAUAUUAUUCCGAAACAUUGAUUUCAAUAAGAAAGCUGAGGAGGAGGAUGGCAGAGCUCGAGACGCUGGAUAGCACUGAGUGCUUGGAGUGCUCAGGGCCGCCGCCCGUUUUUCGGCUGCCACCACCACCUCGGCCACCCUUUCUCACUGAGGGUACUUUCUGCUCCGAGGCACCCCUUGCAGAACUCGAGGACUGCGUUGCCAUUCCCAUGAUUGAUGCAUCCUAUCACACUAAUCCGUCGCUCCAGAAUACUGCCCUCAUCAUCACAUGCGCCGUUGUCUUACUGCUAAUGGCAGCCAUUGUCUCGGUUGUAUUUUGGAAACAUAAGAGAAAAGUCCAAGGUUUACUUCCCUGCAAGAGUGCAGCAGCAGCAGCAGCAGCAGCAGCAGCUAAUCGUCGUAACUUGGGUGAUGGUCAUACACUCCAAGGUACAACAACAACUGGCAGUGGUCUACUCUACGAGGAUUUACCCGAGACAACACCCCAUUCACAGCUUCACAAUCACUUAUCAGUUCACAACGGUCCACCGACAAUAGAGAUGCUCGAUGUGAAAGAGGGUGGCCGAGGUCUAUUCGUAUGUAGCAGUCCUGGACCCGAUCCAUACAUAUCCCAGGACCUCUACAAUCCUGUAUACGAAGAGCUGAACAAUGGGGAACACGAUACAGACGAGGAGAGUGAAUUAAAUGCACGCAAUCGGCUGAAUCAUUAUCACCAUACCCACUCACGUCAUCACGUUUCAUCGUCAAAACCAGUGAGUGAGGAUGAAUUUGCUGAGGAUGAGUUAUCGCUUGGUGAGCCAUCAGAAUCAAAAAUGCUUACCUCAACCCGUCCCAUGUGGAGUACCUGUCCAACGUCUUCGCGUUUAUCACGUGAACGUCGGGGAAAGAGUCCUAAAAGCUUAGACAGACGUAGAAAGGAUAAAGCAAAUGACGUUGGAGAGUUUCAUGAGGGUAUGCUCCUCGACGCACUACUCCAGCUAUAUCCCAACGUUGCGGGUGUAGCUGGAUCCCGAACAAGUACCAGUCAACGCCAGAAAUCCGUCCCAUCGGUGGCCCACAAACUGCCAUACUUUGUGCCGCAGAUACCGGUGACCCAGUCAGUAAGAGUAGACGAGAAUCCGUACGAGAGUGUACCAGUACUGGGUCCCCUCCAUCAUUACACAAAUCAAAGUAAACCAAACAAUAAAGACAAAUCACGUUCCGCAAAUUGCACUCGCGAGCGUUAUCCAAAGUGUUCACAAUAUGGCUCCGAGUACUUUGAUCUGCGCAAUCAGGACAAUACACCACCAAUCUACACCCAAGUUGAUGGUGAUUAUUCAGAUUCUUAUGCUCAACCAGCGGACCGAAUCUACACUGACGAUAAAUACGAACAGCCAGUCUACUACAUGUCACGUAACAACGAUCAGAUGACAUCGGGACGUCUGUACCAGGGAUUACCGGACAGUAGUUUUGGCAGUGACAGUGGUUACAGUCAUCACACAUCCGGCACGACAGGCACCAAUGGAACAAGAAGCAGUAUUACAAAUAUCAACUACAAUCGAAAAGAGAAGCACAGAAAUUCCCAUCAUUCUCAUCAUUCCGCUGACUUCAUAUUGUCGUAA